UGUUGUACAUUGAGCCGGUUUUUAGUGUCGUCAAUGGGAAGCACGCGAGGCGGUGGAAAAGCGAGUUACGGUUUAAAUUGAAAUCCGCUGCAGCACCAUGCUCUCCACGUCCAUCCCGUGUCUGUGGAUUACAUUUUGCCUUCAUUUAUGCUGUCAUGUAGACAGCGGAGAAGCACAGAAUGCGAAAGAAGUGAUUCUGCUGGACUCCAAGGCACAGCAGACAGAACUGGAGUGGAUCUCAUAUCCUCCCAAUGGGUGGGAAGAGAUCAGCGGCUUAGACGAGAACUAUACACCCAUUCGCACAUACCAGGUUUGCCAAGUCAUGGAACCAAAUCAAAAUAACUGGCUUCGGACUAACUGGAUAGAGAAGGGCGAUGCCCAGAGAAUUUUUGUGGAGCUGAAGUUCACCUUGAGGGAUUGUAACAGCCUACCUGGUGUGGUGGGUACUUGCAAGGAGACGUUCAACUUGUAUUACCAGGAAACGGAUUCAGAGGUGGGCAGGAGCUUAAGGGAGAACCAGUAUGUAAAAAUUGACACAAUUGCUGCAGAUGAAAGCUUUACCCAGGGAGACCUGGGUGAGAGGAAGAUGAAGCUGAAUACAGAAGUGCGCAUAAUUGGCCCCUUGUCCAGGCGGGGCUUCUACCUGGCCUUCCAGGAUGUAGGGGCGUGCAUCGCCCUGGUCUCUGUCAAAGUUUAUUACAAGAAAUGUUGGUCCAUCAUCGAGAACCUGGCCACGUUCCCAGAUACGGUGACGGGAUCGGAGUUCUCCUCGCUGGUGGAGGUCGAGGGCAUGUGCGUGAACGACGCUGAGGAGGAGGCCGACAACUCGCCCAAGAUGCACUGCAGCGCCGAGGGGGAAUGGCUGGUGCCCAUUGGGAAAUGUAUAUGCAAAGCUGGAUUUCACCAGAAAGGGGACGCGUGUGAACCGUGUGGCCGUGGUUUCUACAAAUCGUCCUCCCAAGACCUUCAGUGCUCUCGCUGUCCGGCUCACAGCUUCAACGACCGUGAGGGCUCCUGGCGCUGCGACUGCGAGGACGGCUACUACCGAGCACUCUCUGACCCUCCGUCUGUGGCCUGCACAAGACCUCCCUCGGCGCCACAGAACCUGGUCUACAACAUCAACCAGACCACCGUUAGCCUGGAGUGGAGCCCUCCAGCCGACACUGGUGGUCGCAAUGAUGUCUCCUACAGGGUUAUAUGCCGCCGCUGCAGCUGGGAACCCGAGGAGUGUGUUCCAUGUGGGCCAAACGUGGGAUACUCUCCCGCACAGUCGGGAUUAGUGGACACUUAUGUGACCAUUCUGGACCUGCUCGCCCAUGCCAACUAUACUUUCGAAGUGGAGGCUGUCAACGGGGUAUCGGACAUGAGCCGCACGCAGAGGCUGUUUGCUGCUGUUAGCAUUGCUACCGGUCAAGCAGCUCCGUCCCAGGUCAGCCAGGUCAACAAGGAGAAGGUGCAGCAGCGCAGCAUCCAGCUCUCCUGGCAGGAGCCCCAGCAGCCCAAUGGUGUCAUCACCGAAUAUGAAAUCAAGUACUAUGAAAAAGAUCAGAAGGACCGGAUCUACUCCACAGUGAGGUCCAGGUCCACAUCAGCUACAGUCAGCAACUUGAAGCCCAGCACAGCCUACGUGUUCCAGAUCAGGGCUUUGACAGAAGCCGGGUACGGCACCUAUGGCCCCAGACUAGAGAUUACCACCAAGGAGGAGGCCACAGCUGCAAUUGUCUCCAGCGAGCAGAACCCGGUCAUCAUCAUAGCGGUGGUGGCCGUGGCAGGGACCAUCAUCCUGGUGUUCAUGGUGUUCGGCUUCAUCAUUGGGAGAAGGUACGCUCUCGCGGGCCCGAUUGACUCUCCGCUCCUACACUGCGGGUACAGCAAAGCCGAUCAGGAGGGAGACGAGGAGCUCUACUUCCAGUUUAAAUUUCCAGGCACCAAAACCUACAUUGACCCUGAAACCUACGAGGACCCAAACAGGGCUGUCCAUCAAUUUGCCAAGGAGCUGGAUGCCUCCUGCAUUAAAAUUGAACGGGUUAUUGGAGCAGGAGAGUUCGGGGAGGUGUGCAGCGGCCGGCUGAAGCUGCCCGGAAAACGGGAUGUGUCGGUCGCCAUCAAGACUCUAAAAGUGGGCUACACGGAGAAGCAGAGGCGGGACUUCCUGUGCGAGGCCAGCAUCAUGGGGCAGUUCGACCACCCCAACGUCGUUCACCUGGAAGGGGUUGUGACCAGAGGUAAACCGGUCAUGAUUGUCAUCGAGUACAUGGAGAACGGCUCAUUAGAUGCUUUCCUCAGGAAACACGAUGGUCAGUUCACAGUCAUCCAGUUGGUGGGGAUGCUGCGGGGCAUAGCGGCAGGAAUGAGAUAUCUCUCUGAUAUGGGAUACGUCCAUCGAGAUCUGGCUGCGCGGAACAUCCUUGUCAACAGCAAUCUCGUAUGCAAAGUGUCUGACUUCGGCCUGUCAAGGGUGAUAGACGACGAUCCAGAGGCUGUCUACACAACAACUGGGAAGAUGCAGGAUAUAAUGAAUGUGAUCUUUACUCCAGCCACUGACCUGCGUUUUACUGAACAGGGUGGCAAAAUACCCGUCCGAUGGACCGCACCGGAAGCCAUCCAGUACCGUAAAUUCACCUCCGCAAGUGACGUGUGGAGUUACGGCAUUGUCAUGUGGGAGGUCAUGUCCUACGGGGAACGGCCUUACUGGGACAUGUCCAAUCAAGAUGUCAUAAAGGCGAUAGAGGAGGGCUACCGUCUUCCAGCCCCGAUGGACUGUCCACCUGGCUUACAUCAGUUAAUGCUGGACUGCUGGCAGAAAGACAGAGCCGAACGUCCAAAAUUCGAUCAGAUAGUUGGCAUCCUUGAUAAGAUGAUUCGCAACCCUAACACACUGAAAACCCCAGUGGGGACAUGUACAAGACCAAUUAGCCCACUGUUAGAUCAGAGCACACCAGACUUCACCGCUUUCCGCUCAGUGGGAGAGUGGCUGGAAGCCAUCAAGAUGGAACGAUACAGAGACAACUUCACAGCAGCAGGCUACAGUUCCCUGGAAUCUGUGGCUAGGAUGUCAAUCGAGGACGUGAUGAGCUUGGGGAUCACUCUGGUGGGCCAUCAGAAAAAGAUCAUGAGCAGCAUACAGACUAUGAGAGCCCAGAUGCUGCAUCUCCACGGUACAGGUGUCCAGGUGUGAUGAUAUGCGACGGGCCGCCUCGGACCGGGGCGAAAACACAAACAGAAACUUAUCUGGAGCAGUGCCUGGGACGUGACCAGGAUACUUAUCAAAGCAAGCGGACAUCUGUUAUGUCUGAAUCUUCCGGCUGAGUCUGGAGUGAAACCAUUCCUUUGUUCCUCAGUGAAGGAGGUCCGCCUUUUCAAAGGGCACUAAAGAGAGGAAAAGGGCAAAAAAAAAAAAAAAAAAAAAAAAAAAAACAGCAACAAAAAAAGGAAACUACUACCUGGACGAGAUGACUUCUUUCCUUUCUUUUUUGUAGAAGCGCUAACAAACUCAACCACAUAUCAAAUGGCGCCUUGGAAAGGAGUUUGACGCUUAUGUUCUUUAACUUAACGAAAGAGCAAGUGCACACUUUGACUAUGAUUUUGCUUUACAAAGAACUACUAGUUCACUUGCAGUAGUUUCACUUGUUCCUUUGUUCUAAUUUGUAACUGUUUUUUUGUUUUUUUUGUCUGCCACAGUGACAUGUUGUGGCACGUACGAGUUAUUUUUUCCUCUUCUCUUUGGAUGUGACAACAGGGUAAUUUUUAUCCAAACGCGGAGGGAACUUUUUACGUGCAGAUUUAAAAAGGUACUUUUUGUGCUGGACUGUUUGAGCUGUUUGCAGUGACUCACGUUUUUUCCUUCAUGUGCUGUUUGAGUGCAAAUGGUGUUCCUCCCAUGCUUGUAUGCAGCCUGCUGGAGUGGCUUCUUCGCCUGGUUUCGGCUUUUCAGAAGCUUUUAUUGAGAAAUUUUCUGAUAAGUGCAACACAGAGGAGACGAAUCGCCAGACUUUUAUAUCAGAGUAGCAAUAUUCUUUGUCUUUGUGCUCACUACGGGAGUUUCCGCAGAGAAUGGAGAGGAUUGUUGCAGCACAGUAGAAAGAUUGUACCGAAAUUACAGCCACUGUUCAUUGAUUUGCCAUCAUUUUGCCUAAAAUUUUGCACACAGUAUGUGUUUCAGCUGCAAGUACAGUUUUCAUGGGUGGAUCAGAGACUAAGAGUAGACGUAAUACUGCCUUAAAAUGUGUUUAGAUUUAGUGCUGCAACUAUUUUAGGCACUUCAAUGGCAAUGCUUUCUGUGGCUCAUUUCAAGGGCGGAAAAGCUCCUUAUUUCUUGCUUUCCUUGUAGUGUGAAAUCUGCAACUUGAACUUGGUGUGCACGGUUUACUGUAAUGCCACGAGUGACACAGUUGGUGAGGGAUAGUCGGGCUAAAAAGAGCAAUAAUUACCAGGUAGAAACGGUUCUCAGCAGAGAUGUUUUUUUUGUUUUUUUUAAGGUGCUAGGUAGAAACGCAUGUGCGUGCCGUGCUGAGACAAAACCCUUUGGAAAGAUUCAGCCACUGAUGGUGAAGGAAAGGAAUGUACCUCUAUGACCUAAAAAACAGUUUGGAAAGUGCUCAGAAGACUGACGUGCCAAGUCAUGAAAUAAUGAAAUAAUCAUGUCGUACUUUGCCUCUAUGAUAUGCUAAACGUUUGAUGAAACUUACAUGGCAUGGAAAUGCUGAACUGAGCGGCUGCAGGGAUGAAAUAGGCACUAUUUGAAACACUAGAAAGGUGCCAAUUAGCCACGCUAUCAUCUUCUGACACAUUGUGCCGCCCAGAAAUCAAAGAGGCCCCUUCAGGGUUUGGGUAUGAAAAUGCAGGACCAAACAACGGGGCCCGAGUCAGACGCAGACGGCGCUGUUAAAUCUCUCCGUCCCGGCUCUGCAGGCAGUCACACAGCUCCCUUGUUUAUUCAUGCUUCUCUGCUGCUCAUCCCUCACAGGCAUAGAUGUGACGGAACAUGCAUUAAAGUGUUUCUUAAGAUUGCUCCUCUCUUUUUACGUACAGCUUUUUAUGGAGAACAGGGAUGGGAGAUGUGCUAAAGGCCAAUCAACCUAUUUGGUGCCAUCAGUCUCCACUUAAAAAAAGGUUGAAUAUCUUUUAGUUAAGUAUUACUUGAUAAGACAGUACAGUUAUUCAACUGACAUUUAAAGAGAAGGAGUGGUGUUCAAAGAAGUAAUGUAGAACUUAUUUCAGUGAUGCUGUAACCUGUAAACCUAUAUUUUCAAUGCAUAUGAAAGGAUGAUUUCAAGAAUCAACCCCAUCCCAGCCAGUGAAACCAACUGAAGACUUCUUAAUUCUACCUACUGUUUCGUUAAGUACGUCCACACUGAGCCAGAGACAUUGGAAAACACACAUUUUACAGAUGAGGACUACCCGUACGUACACAGUGUGUACACAGCUUAUGAGCUGACUAUGGUUCAUUGAUUGUUCUGUGGCCUCCGUGUGACCACUCAUUUCAUCUUCAAAUUAUACAUUACCACAGCUUUGUGACCGUACAGUAGUGAAUUGACACAGCUGCCACCGUUUGUUUUAAUUUCUCUGCUUGGACUAUAACACAGCUGAUGAAUUCAGAUCACAGCAAUCAACAACUAUUCAUACGUUAGUCAGAACCAAUUAAAGUUUGGCACUUGCUUACCAAUCCGUAAAACUCACAGGGAAACGAGAACAUGGGAAGUUGCUAAUCCUAACCCAUGGCAGAGAGAAAACAAAAUGUUGAACUGUCCCUUUAACGGAUGGUAUCCACGAGCAUGAAUCCAUUAAGCUGCCUACAUGCCUCCAAUUAUCCAACAACAGCAGUACAAAAUAUGUAAAUUACAAUAACUAAAGCAUGAGUUUUGCUCCAGGAAACCACAGUGCCACUUUUAUUUUGCACAGAGGCAUUCAUGAAAUCAUGUUAAUAUAGAUGCGUGUCAUAUUAGACAUCGGCUGGCUUGGUGUGGACGAAUGCGUCCGUCUAUUUUCAUUGCGGAACUCACAGAAAUGAGCCCUGACCAGACCUCUUUGUGAUACAUACCCUCCCUUUAUACUAUACAGCAGAGCUCAGCAAUUGGGUCGUAGCCAGACCUUUGAAUUGAAUACCGGUAUAAAGUCAUUCAGUCAGCACAAAACUCCCCAGUUCACAGGCAGCAAUGUCUCUCACCCCUCCCCGACUCCCCCCCAACUCCCCUCUCCCUGCUCUGAUUUUCAAACCGCGCCCCCGGAGGAGGUCCCCCGCACCCCACGGUAAAAUGCCUCUGUCCCCCUUUUUUUUUCGUCUGUGCUGUGGAGACAGCGUCUUGAGCCAAAUUGAGAUUAAGGCCAGGAUGGGAUCGAUCCGACGUCCAAAUCACUUGCAACCUUCACCAACAGAAGUCACUUUACCGUCCGUUUCAGCUUCUUUCUCCUGCAUCCUGAACUUCAGGAUGCUCAACUCCCGACUGAAAAGGCUUUCGUUGUGGCUAUGUUGAAAAAGAAAAAAAAGAGAAAAAAAAAACUAAAUAAAUAAAUAAGGCAUAAACCUGCAGGACGUAGAGUGUUGGUGUGUUGGAAUCAGGAAUAGCAGAUAGAGUAAGAAGUUAUUUUUCAAAUCUUGUGGUUCAGCAGUUGGAAAUUAGUUUCACCGCUUUGGCGAGGUGGUGGAUAAUUCCAAAGAGUGCAGCACUGUCGAUUGUGUCAGAAAGAACUGAGAUUUGAGGGGAUCUUUGUAUAUGUUCUAAUUGUAAAACUUGUACAUUUUAUUUAUAUUGUUUUUUUACACAUAUUACUCAGUAGAGAGCUCUGAAUACAUUGAAAAUGCACUAUAUUUUUCUAUCUCGCAGAUGAAUUAUUGUCACCCACAAAACUUCUGUUGUACAUAAUUUUCCAUUUAGGACCAAAGACAGCUGGUAGGAUUCCCAUCUUUACUUUGACUUUGUUUGGAUUUUGCCUUUUAGUUUGUUGUACAGUAAUACAAAUUGUCAAUUUAUUAUUUAUUUUUCUGUGAUAAAAGUAUUGAGAAUAUUCACUGGUCAAAAGUAUUUUCCCCAACAGCAGAACUGUAAGAUCCUUUAAUUAGACGAUUUCUUGUUACAUAGACAAUUCUUUUUGCUUUGUAACCUUUGUAAUAGACUGUACAUAUAUUUUUGGAAAUAUAAUACAAUCUCUAUAGAA